GGAGGCCGUAGAGCUGUUCUGGCCUGUUGGAGUAGGCUGGUCUCCAACUUCCCGCGAAUACGAAUAAAAGAAACUGAAAAAGUUGGAGGAGAUCAAGUAUAUUCAGUCACUAAGCCAGAAGAUCAGCAAAGUAGGAAAUGCACAAUUUUGAGGACGAGUUAACAUGUCCCAUUUGUUACAGUAUUUUUGAAGAUCCUCGUGUACUACCGUGCUCUCAUACAUUUUGUAGAAAUUGUUUGGAAAACGUUCUUCAAGCAUCUGGGAACUUUUAUAUAUGGAGACCUUUACGAAUUCCACUCAAAUGCCCUAACUGCAGAAGUAUUAUUGAAAUUGCUCCAACUGGUAUUGAAUCUUUACCUGUUAAUUUUGCAUUAAGGGCUAUUAUUGAAAAGUACCAGCAAGAAGACCAUCCAGAUAUUGUCACCGGUCCUGAACAUUACAGACAACCAUUAAAUGUUUACUGUCUCCUAGAUAAAAAACUAGUUUGUGGUCAUUGCCUUACCAUAGGUCAACAUCAUGGCCAUCCCAUAGAUGAUCUUCAAAGUGCUUAUCUGAAAGAAAAGGACACGCCUCAAAAACUGCUUGAACAGUUAACUGACACACACUGGACAGAUCUUACUCGUCUUAUUGAAAAGCUGGAAGAACAGAAAUCUCAUUCAGAAAAAAUGGUCCAAAGUGAUAAGGAAGUUGUUCUACAGUAUUUUAAGGAGCUUAGUGAUACAUUAGAACAGAAAAAAAAAGUUUUCCUAGCUGCUCUCUGUGAUGUUAGCAAUCUGAUUAAUCAGGAAUAUACUCCACAAAUUGAAAGAAUGAAAGAAAUAAGAGAGCAGCAAUUUGAAUUAAUGACACUGACAUCAUCUUUACAGGAAGAGUCUCCACUUAAAUUUCUUGAAAAAGUUGAUGAUAUCCGCCAACACGUGCAGAUUUUGAAACAAAGACCACUUCCUGAGGUUCAACCUGUUGAAAUUUAUCCUCGAGUAAGCCAAAUAUUGAAAGAAGAUUGGAGCAAAACAGAAAUUGGACAAAUUAAGAAACUUCUCAUUCCUGAAAUGAAAAUUUCUUCAAAGAGGAUGCCAUGUUCCUGGCCUGAUAAAGAUGAAAAAGAAAUUGAAUUUUUUAAGAUUUUAAACAUUGUUAUAGUUACUUUAAUUUCAGUGAUACUGAUGUUGAUCCUCUUUUUUAACCAACACAUAAUAACCUUUUUAAAUGAAAUCACUUCAAUAUGUUUUUCUGAAGUCUCUCUAUCUGUUUAUCAAAGUUUGUCUAACAAUCUGCAUGAUUUAAAGAAUAUGCUAUGUCACACUUUACAUUUAUUGAAGGAAUUCAUGUGGAAAAUAGUUUCUCAUUGAAAAUUCAAAUCUGAAUUGUUUAAAUAGGCAUUCUGUACAGCAGACUAAACCAUUGCUAAAGGGAGAAAUAGGGUAGGAUGGAUAAACAAAAUAGCCAACUGAACUAUCACAGAGUUACAACAAAUAUAUAGAAAUACGUUAAACCAUCCAUGCUUCUUAGAUGAUGGAAGUAUGUCAAAGUUAGAAAU